AUGAGGAUAGGAUGACUUUUGAGUUUCUGACUGCCAGGAUUCAGGAAUCGGUGACUUUCAAAGAUGUGGCUGUGGACUUCACUUGGGAGGAAUGGCGACAUCUGGAUCCUGCUCAGAGGGACUUGUAUAGGAAUGUGAUGUUGGAGAACUAUGAGAACCUGGUCUCUGUGGGGAUUUCUGUCUCCACAGUGGACAUGAUCUCCCUGUUGGAGAAGCGAGAUGGACCAUGGAUGCCAGAGGGAGAAGUCUCCAGUGCUGUCUGUCCAGAUUCCCUUAAUGAGAAGUCUAAUUUUGAACCCAAAGAUUCAAAUCUGAUGCAGGCCAUUUGCAUGGGAAUAUCAUCUGAGAAAAGUCUGCCUAAGGAAUCAGUUGCCUGGCAUUCCAAGAUGAGAGAAGCAACAGGUGAAUGUGAGGUUAACAUAGGGGAACUGAAAUACAACCAGGAGAGACAAUGGAGACAAGGAACAGUCACUCCCAGAACAACUUAUAAUCAAGUGCAUGAAUCUCAGCACAACACUAGGAAUAUUAUUCUAAGAAUUCAUAUCGAUGAGAAACCCUUUUUAUGUAAUAAAUAUGGAACAAGCUUCCAAAACAAAGUAGAUCUUAUUACCCAUCAGAAAACAUAUUCUGGAGAGACACCUUUUGCAUAUAAUGAAAGUAAGAAAGGCUUAAAAAAGAAUGAGCAUUUUACCACACAGCAGAGAAUUGAUAUUGAAGAGAAACCCUUUGAAUGUAAUAAAUAUGGAACAGGCUUUCAAAACAAAGAAGGUCUUAUUACCCAUCAGAAAAUAUAUUCUGGAGAGACACCUUUUGCAUAUAAUGAAAGUAAGAAAGGCUUAAAAAAGAUUGAGCACUUUACUACACAGCAGAGAAUUGAUAUUGAAGAGAAACCCUUUGAAUGUAAUAAAUAUGGAACAAGCUUCCAAAACAAAGAAGGUCUUAUCACCCAUCAGAAAACACAUUCUGGAGAGACACCUUUUGCAUGUAAUGAAAGUAAGAAAGGCUUAAAAAAGAAUGAGCAUUUUACCACACCGCAGAGAAUUGAUAUUGAAGAGAAACCUUUUGAAUGUAAUAAAUAUGGAACAGGCUUCCAAAACAAAGUAGAUCUUAUUAUCCAUCAGAAAACACAUUCUGGAGAGACACCUUUUGACUAUAAUGAAAGUAAGGAAGGCUUAAAAAAGAUUGAGCACCUUACCACACAGCAGAGAAUUGAUAUUGAAAAGAAACCCUUUGCAUGUCACGAAUGUGGGAAAGGCUUCAGACAGAGUGGAUAUCUUAUUAUCCAUCAGAGAACUCAUACUGGUGAGAAACCCUUUAGAUGCAAUGAAUGUGGGAAAACCUUUACCCAAAGGGCAAGCCUUAUUACUCAUCAGAGGACUCAUACAGGAGAGAAACCUUUCAUAUGUUGUGAAUGUGGGAAAACCUUUACCCAAAGGGCAAAUCUUAUUACCCAUCAAAGAACUCAUACUGGAGAGAGACCCUUUGUGUGCAGUGAAUGUGGAAAGGCCUUUACCCAAAAGUCAAGCCUUAUUACUCAUUAUAGAACUCAUACAAGAGAGAAACUCUUUGAAUGUAAUGAAUGUGGGAUUGCCUUUUCCCAGAAGUCAAACCUUAUUACUCAUCAGGGAAUUCAUUCUAGAGGGAAACAGUUUACCCGUAAUGACUAUCGGAAGGGUCCUCAAAAGAAAAACCAUCAGGGAAAUCGUACUGGAGAGAAACCCUUUCAAUGUAGUGAAUGUGGAAUAGGCUUCCGAUACAAAGUAAACCUUAACAUCCAUCAGAGAACUCACACUGGAGAGAAACCCUUUGCAUGUCAUGAAUGUGGAAAAGGCUUCAGACAGAGUGGACAUCUCAUGACCCAUCAGAGAACUCACACUGGAGAGAAACCAUUUGCAUGUAAUGAAUGUGGGAAAGCCUUUGCCCAAAGGUCAAACCUUAACAGCCAUCAGAGAAUUCAUACCCAAGAGAAACUCUUUGCAUGUAAUGAAUGUGGGAAAACCUUUACUCAAAAGGGAAGCCUUAUUACUCAUCAGAAGACUCAUACUAGAGAGAAGCAGUUUAUAUGUAAUGAAUGUGGAACAGGCUUCCUACAUAGAGUAAGCUUUAUUAUUCAUAAGAGAAUUCAUACUGGGGAAAAACCAUAUAUAUGUAAUGAAUGUGGGAAAGGCUUCAGGCAGAGUGGACACCUCAUGAUCCAUCAGAGAACUCAUACUGGAGAGAAACCCUUUACGUGUAAUGAAUGUGGGAAAACCUUUACUCAAAGAUCAAACCUUACUAGCCACCAGAGAACUCAUACUGGAGAGAAACUUUUUGCAUGUAAUGAAUGUGGGAAAGCAUUUACCCAAAAGGGAAGCCUUGUUACUCAUCAGAGAACUCAUACUGGAGAAAAACAGUUUGUAUGUAAUGAAUGUGGAACAAGUUUCUUACAUAGAGUGACCCUUGUUAUCCACAAAAGAACUCAUACUGGAGAGAAACCAUAUUCAUGUAAUGAAUGUGGGAAAGGCUUCAGACAGAGUGGACAUCUCAUUACCCAUCAAAGAACUCAUACUGGCGAGAAACCCUUUGCGUGUCAUGAAUGUGGCAAAACUUUUACACAAAGAGCAAACCUUACUAGUCAUCAGAGAAACCACACUGGGGACAAAGUCUUUAUUUGCAAUGAAUGUGGAAAAGCUUUUACCCAAAAGACAAACCUUACCACUCAUCAAAAAAGUCAUGCUAGAGAACUACCUUUUGUGCAUAAUCAAUGUGAAAGAUCUUUUGCUCAUAUAACAGACCUUCUUAGCUAUCAUAGAACUUUUACAGAAUGAAAGUCCUUUAUGUGUAAUUAAUAUGAGUCUUCAGACAGAGGAUAUACUUUAUUACAUAAAAGAGAAUUAAUACUGGAGAGAAACUUUGUAACAAAGUUUGUCAUACAUUAUAGAGCAUAA